AUGGGAAUUCUUCUGGCUUUUCUUAUAUCUCAAGUCGUCUACUACAUCAAAAGAAAAAUGGAUAAGUCCGCAUACUCUCCUUUGGGCGGUCCCUCGACCUCCCUCGCCAACUCCGGUCCUUUGUCGAUCGCCUGUUACUGUGUGUCCUCGAUUCUUAUGACCGUCACCAACAAGUACGUCCUUUCGGGCUACUCCUUCAACUUGAACUUCCUCUUGUUGGCCAUUCAGGGUGCUGUCUGUAUUGCCACCAUCAGUACUUUGAAGGCUUUGGGCGUCAUCAACUACCGCUCGUUCAACUCUGAUGAGGCUAAGAAGUGGAUGCCUAUUGCUUUCUUGCUUGUCGCCAUGAUCUACACAUCUUCCAAGGCUUUGAAAUUUUUGUCUAUUCCAGUUUACACCAUUUUCAAGAACUUGACCAUCAUCUUGAUCGCUUACGGUGAGGUCUUGUGGUUUGGUGGCUCCGUCACUACCAUGGCUUUGGGUUCCUUCCUUUUGAUGGUCUUCUCCUCUGUCCUUGCCACCUACGGUGACUCUGCUGCCACCAAGAGUGCUGAUGACUUGUACUCUUUGUACUUGGGAUACUUCUGGAUGUUCACCAACUGUUUCGCAUCCGCUGCUUUUGUUUUGUUCAUGAGAAUUCGUAUCAAGUUGACCAACUUCAAGGACUUCGACACCAUGUUCUACAACAACUUGUUGUCCAUUCCAAUUUUGUUGGUUGCCACCUUCAUGUUUGAGGACUGGAGCCCUGCUAACCUUGCUUUGAACUUCCCAGCUGAGAACAGAAACGCUACCUUCGUUGCCAUUUUGAUCUCUGGUGCUUCCUCGGUCGCUAUCUCUUACUGUUCUGCUUGGUGUGUGCGUGUCACCUCCUCCACCACUUACUCUAUGGUGGGUGCCUUGAACAAGUUGCCAAUUGCUUUGUCCGGUUUGAUCUUCUUCGAUGCUGCCGUCAACUUCUGGUCCGUCUCCUCCAUUUUUGUUGGUUUCGUGUCUGGUUUGGUCUACGCUCUUGCUAAGCAAGCUCAAAAGAAGGCCGAGAGCCAACAAUUGCCAGUCUCCAAGUAA